UGACUGCCACGUAACAGCUAAAGCUACGUAAGCGGCGCAUCCCUGCUGAACUUCCUUACCCGGCUCGGUUCACCUAAACCCGGGAUACAGGGGAUAAGAUUCACACGCUUCCACGGACACGGGGGAGUCAUGGGGGGAUCACAGAGCGUGGAGAUACCUGGUGGAGGCUCAGAAGGCUACCAUGUCCUUAGGGUGCAGGAGAACUCUCCUGGACACCGGGCCGGCCUUGAACCGUUCUUCGACUUCAUCGUGUCCAUCAAUAACACCAGACUGAACAAGGACAAUGACACGCUGAAGGAUCUGCUGAAGGCUAACGUGGAGAAGCCGGUGAAGAUGCUGGUGUAUAGCAGUAAGACUCUGGAGCUGCGCGAGGCCACGGUCACACCCAGCAACAUGUGGGGCGGUCAGGGGCUCCUGGGGGUCAGCAUCCGCUUCUGCAGCUUUGAGGGAGCCAACGAGAACGUGUGGCAUGUGCUGGAAAUCGAGCCGAACUCUCCAGCCGCUCUGGCAGGACUGAGGCCGCACACAGACUACAUCAUCGGGGCAGACACAGUCAUGAACGAGUCUGAGGACUUGUUUUCAUUGAUAGAGACCCAUGAGGGUAAAGGAUUGAAGUUAUACGUUUAUAACACAGAUACAGACAGCUGCAGAGAAGUCGUCAUUACUCCCAACAGCGCCUGGGGUGGAGAGGGCAGUCUGGGUUGCGGUAUUGGCUAUGGUUACCUGCACAGGAUUCCCACUCGGCCGUUCGAGGAGGGGAAGAAGAUCAGCUUCCCUGCACACACUCCCAGUGCGCCAGCGAGCCCACUGAAGGACGGCUUCACUGAGGUUCAGCUCUCUGCAGUAACCCCGCCUCCUGUUACGGUUCCCGGGCCCACUGGACUUGAGGGUAGUUUGUCUGGGCUGUCAAUCAGUUCGGCUCCUCCCACUAUGCCCACUGAGCUUCAGACAGGUGUGCCCACAGUCCCACUACUGCCCACUCAGGUCACCCCGGCCAUGGGCACUCUGCCCUCGGUCAACCCCGCUACUACGCUACCAGGCUUAAUGCCGUUACCUGCUGGCCUUCCCCCACUGCCCAACCUGCCUAACCUCCCCAACCUGAACAUCCCACUCCCAGACCUCAGUGGAGUAUCGUUAACGGGAAUCCCCGGCCUUCCUCCUUCCACCACAGGUUUGCCGUCUCUGCCUCCUCUCGCUUCCCUCGCUCCUCUCAACCUGCCCGGUAUGGCCCCGAUUCCCAGCAUGCCUGGCGUUUUACCCUCCACUCUUCCCUCUGCUCUGCCCACAAUGCCUAGCAUGUCCCUUCCCUCUGACCUCGUUCCAUCCGUCGCCCCAGUAACCUCCUCCCUGACGCCCAGUCAGACGCCGGCGCUCAUCCUGGACGCUACGCCGAACGCCCCAGCAGCCACUGAGACACCUGCAGAGAUACCUGCAGAUACGAGCGCACAUGCCACCGCAGAGUCAUCAUAACAACCAGGCUUUUUAUCUGCAUCCUAAAACAGGCCUGCCCCCCCCCCCCCCGACAUAUAUAUCUAUAUCUCUCUCUCUCUCUAUCCCUCUCUCUCUGAUCCUGUCUCAGAAAAAGUAUUUAUUCAGUCUAUAAAGAUCCAGCAGGCAGAACAAGUACACGUUGCUCACGAGGGCACACUGAGAAGGACGAGGACAAACAGCAUGACCGGGUGCAUGCGGUAAUAAAAAAAAAAAACAGGGUUUUAAAUCCAGAGAGGCCUGGUGUUAAUAUUCCUAAGACUAAAAUGUUGAGAGAUGGUUUUUUUUCCAAUUGAAAAUCUGUGUGAGAUUAGACUUUAGCCAUUGUUUCAUGGUAUUCUAUAUAUGCUGCACUACUUUUUUGCACCAUCAACUUGAACGUCAUGCUACGUUUAUGAAAUUCUAGACGAACGAUCGAGGUGACAAAGCAUACACGUGUGCUUUCACCUAUUAGAAAAUCGUCUACUCGUCAGUGACACUGUAGAGUGACUAUACGUUAUACUAUUUAACAUCAAAUGAACUGUUCAUUGUGUCAGAUUUCCUUUAUCGAGUUCUCUAAAUGAAGUAACCAUUAAAUCUUGAUUAAUUGUGCAGUAAUUCCAGAGACAGACACUGAUGCCUAACACUGGUAUGCAGGUUUAAAAGAAGCAAAAAAAGGACAUGUAGCCUCUCUGGAUUUUGUCUUUCUAUACCAUCGCAUUUGGAGUUUGUCACUUCUUUAUUUUUAUUUUUUCCUCCAACAGUAAGGUUACUAAAGUUAUGGUCUCACUAAAGCCCAUGUUAUUGUCUAUGUUAAUGUACGGCUUGGAUUGUAUGUUUCCCUUGUUGUGAUUAGACUUUUUAUUUGAGGGGGUGUGUGAGAGAGAGAGAGAGAAAGCGUGUCCUCUCCCUCUCAGUGAGCUCUUCUGCUGAUUUAGAUUAACACGUACAAAAACUCGUCACACUAUUAUAGAACAGUGAAUAAGGGGAACUGUUUGAGCUUGUGCAGAAUUGAAAACUUGUGACAAACGCACACAAGCAAUAAAGUACCUGAAGUUUUACAGUAA